GUGGAGCGCCGAGCACGAGCGUCGGCGGCGUAAAAACGCAGCGCCAUCUACUACUGCCUCGUAGCAGUAGUAGAAGCGGACAGCAAGCUGCCCCCGACGCCGUCGGCGCGGUCACCGAACAGCAUCACCAUGACCGAGCAACCACCACCGGUGCCCCCCAUCGACCAAGCGACGACGCAGAAGGCCGGCGUGCUGUGGAACAAGGUCCGGGACCACGUGGUGAGUGAUGAUAACUUCGCGGAGACGCCACGUCCUGUCAAUGACGAUGAGGACGACGAAAAGAACUUGAAGCCCCCUUCGUUAGUGUACCCGCCCGACGGUUGUAUACCUGUAUUGCAUCCGGACGGCGACGUGAGAUUUUACUGGGAUCUCGCGCAAAUGGUCUCAUUGAUCUGGGUGUCGAUCUUCGUGCCUUUGCGGAUCGGCUUCGACUGGCCGGCGGUCGGCAUGUGGUUCAUCAUUGACUCGGUCAUUGAUCUGUACUUCAUUUUUGACUUUGUGCUUGGGUUCUUCACGGCCGUGCAUCUCCAUGAAGAUACACGAGUAGACGACGAUGCCUCAGGUGAUUAUUUCGAGUUCGGCGGCCACUACGUCGUCGUCGACAAGAAACGCAUCGCGUUAUCUUAUUUGAGGGGCUGGUUCGCGAUUGAUUUUUUUGCUUCGUUGCCGAUCGAAUUCUUCAUGCGGCUGGAACAAGGGUCGCUAGGCUGUUCGUUUCGGGUCGUGAAUCCUUGUAGCGUCAAGACUCAUAGCACGGGUGCGACGAUCAAGUUGGUGAAGAUCUUGCGGUUGUUCCGAAUUUUGAAGCUGUUUAGAUUACUGAAGCUCAAAAAGUUAUUUAACAGAUACCAGGACGACUUUGUGUAUCUGAUGCCUUUCAUAUCCGCCACGAAGCUGGUGUUUGCCAUGCUCUGGAUGUCGCACUGGAUGGGCUGUACCUAUGCUUUAGUUUUUCCCUUCGAGGAACAAGAUAAGCCCAUGAACUCUCUGUCCAGUAAGUAUCUGUGUGGAAAUCAACCAGUGCGUCGGGUGCACCCGAUAAUUCUUCACUAAGUCAUUUUUGGCGAUGCCGCUGCCGUGCUGGCUCCGUCGAGCGGUGAGGAACCGGCAUCGCCACGCCAUCGAGCAUGCGUCGCAUCGGUGGCGUGGAGGUCGACGCGAAGAUUCAGCACGAACGCGCCGUAGGAUUGUGAUUUCCACACAGGUAAGUACAUCGGCGCCAUCUACUGGGCCAUGCAGACGAUCACUACCGUCGGUUACGGCGACAUGGUGCCUACCGCUGAUGGGGGAAGAUUAGUAGCUAUAGCCGGCAUGGCGAUCGGGGGGUUGAUCUUUGGCUGGCUCAUCCAGUAUGUGAUUUCCGUCCUAGAUCCGGACACGUUCGAGCGGAAACAGCAAGCUCGCAUCGAUCGCAUGAUGGCUUAUUUAAGGGCUAAUAGAUUGCCUCCCCAACUGUCCGCGCGAGUGGUCAGACACGUCCGGCAACAAAACUCAAGACAGACCGAGGAUCGGGCCGUGCUCACGGAAUUACCUAGACAAUUACGUUCAGAUAUCUGCCUGCACCUCUACGAGGCCUUCAUGCUGAGCGUGCCUCUCUUUUCACACGCGGCGAACUCGUACACGCACCACGCCUUCGUGUGUGAUGUCUGCACGAAGGUCAUCCCGCUGACCAUACCCGUGAGCGAGAUGGUGUAUGGGGCCGGCGACCUCGCGGAAGAAGGUGCGUACUUGAUCGUGACGGGCGCCGUGCAACUCUUGUCUCCGGCGGCGCCCUCGAAGCGAAAGAAGAUCGGCGGCACGAGCGGCGGCACGUCGGCGCGGGCCAAGCACGUCAUGGCCGAGGCCGGCCUCGAGAAGGAGCUUGGGGGCGGCGACGUCUUCGGCGAGUCGUCGGCGCUCGGGUCGACGCGGCGCUUCGACGAGGCCGUGGCUCGGAAGACGUCCGAGUUACUCACCAUCUCGGGCCCGGAUUUGCGAUGUGCCUUGGACCUGGCGCCUCGACUGCGGUGGACCGUCUUGCAGCGGACCGUCGAGCACGCGAUCAAGUGUAUACACGACCCGCGGCUGCUCAUGAUUGUGUUAAGGGAAUUACAUUUACCGGAGUUGUUGGAGGAGGACUUGAGUGCACCGGCCGCGCGCUUCGAGGACUCGAUCCGCAUAUUGCGACAUCAUAAAGUGUAUAAGGUCGUCGCGAACUGGCGCGAGGCCCUCUACAACAUUAGGGAGGAGUGGGAGGGCCGCGUCUGCUCGACGCCCAAGAACUACGCCGCUACGCCUCAUACGCCGGGCAAGGCCUUCGCGGAGCCCGUCGCCACGGAGAUGGACGUUCACGAGGAGCUCAAGUUAGUUAGAAGGGACCUGUCCGAUUUGACGGACGCCGUCCGAGCCCUCUUCGCCACACGCGCUUUCGAUCAUGCGGACUUCCACAAGAUCGGCGGCGCGCUGCACGGCGUGGCCCUCGCCGCGCGCGAGGCGGGGGAGUAAUCGCUCGUUCGUU